GAAUAUUUCCUUCUUCUUGAUCUCCAGCAUAAACUCAUCGACCUUCAUCUUGAAUACCCUUGCUAUAAUAUCAGCACGGUUUGGAUUUUUUCCAGUAAAUUCUCGAAUAAUAUUGAUAGACCGUCAUUUACACAUGUUUUUACCCCCAUUCUUACACCGUUUGAGGUGUUGAUUCUCGUGUUUUAGGCCGAUUUCACGGUAGGUUGUGCUUGUUUGUGAUAUUUCAGGUCCUAGGACGUGAAUGAAGGCUUAGGAGCGAGUCUGGGGUCGAUUGGACGAGGAUCGGACGCAUGGCGAGGUUCUGAGGAAGUCGCACGGGCACACCCACAACCCGCACGGCCGUGCAAUUGACCAGUUUGGCCGUGCGGGAUCGUGCGUGGGCACGCACGGGAUUGUGCGUGGCCACGCACGGCCGUGCAAGUGACCAGUUUGGCCGUGCGGGAUUGUGCGUGGGCACGCACGGGAUUGUGCGUGGCCACGCACGGCCGUGCAAGUGACCAGUUUGGCCGUGCGAGUUGGCUGAGGUUCAACUAAUUGAUACGCCGCGUUUUGAGGUGCACGGCCAGAAUGGUGAUGUGCACGGCCGUGCGAGUCGGGAAUGGCUGUUUUUAACCCAAAUUCGAGCCAAAGGAGGAGGGAGCUGGGUUUUUGGAUCCCAAACACCCAAGGGACGAACCCUAGAGAGAGAGGGCGAUUUGAGGGCAUUCUUGGAGUAGAGAAGGAGGAUUUCUUCGCCUUGGAAGCUCGAGGAACAAGCCCGGACUUGAAGACUGAUCAUCUGAAGAUUCUUACUGCAGUCUCUCUCUUCUCUAUGGAGUAACUUCCCUUCACUUAGGUUUUGAGGAACCCUAGCUAUGUUUGUUUGAUUGGAUGAUUGUAUGAGUACUCUGACUUGAUAAUCUUGAGUUCAUAUUCAAUCUAUGCAUGUUUUCAUGAUUCAAUUUUGCUUUAGUCGAGAUUAUUGAUUCUGCUUUGAUCCUAUGAGAGGGAAUACCUGAUUAGGUCAAUAGAGCACCAUAGAUUGAUAGUAGUGGAUCGAUUGCUUUAGUCGAGGGAGUCUAAUUCAGAACGCCUUGAUCAGUUGUUCUAGAGAAGGAUACGUCCCUCUAGGCAAUUGACUCAAGAGGGCCUUGUUCCUUUAGUCGAGACUCAAGGUCUAGUCAAGGAUUCUCCGCAUUGUGAAUGAAAGUGAAACAGGUUAGAGAUCAUCAAUCAUUAAUCUGGCUAGUGGCUAGGGGGAAUCAUACCUAAGUGAGUUCCCAACCUGUAAUUAGAUUAACUUUAACUGUAGUUUGCUAGAGUAGUUUUAGUUCUUUCAUCUUAAUCUGAUUUGCUAAAUAAUAAACUGAAGUUGAGUAAUAGUAACUCUAGAGACCCGUGGAUUCGAUAUUUAUCACUUGAGCCACUAUACUGCAGUCCCUUUCAUUGGUUACACUUGGCCUUUGUUAGGAGUUGUGUUUUAGAGCAUCAAGUUUUUGGCGCCGUUGCCGGGGACUUUCUAGAGUAUUAGGAAAGGCAGAAGUUUGUUACUUUAGCGUUUUUCGUUUCUUUUCUUUUCCACCCUUGCUUUUCACUUUGGUGUUUUUGUUUUUGUUGGUGCAGAUCUGAAUCAUGGAUCCUAAUGGCUUCUCCAAUCAUUGGGGGUAUCCACCACCAUCUGGGUGGUAUUACCCCGAGACUCCGUGGAGCAAUCAAGGCGGAGAAGACUAUGGAUUCGGGUUCCAGUACCAACCCCCUUACUACGGAGAACAACCGGACCCCUGGGCAUAUCAAGAACAACCUAAUUAUCAAGAAGAAUUUCUCCCACAACCAGAAGGGCCAUCGGCACUGGAGUUACUCAUGGAGCAGUAUGCUCGAGACUGUGAGAGAACAUGCUCCAGGAUGGAUCAGUGUGUCCAGGCCUAUCGUGAAACAGAUGAGAUCCUCCUGAGCCUUAAGAAGAGCGUCGAUGAUCUUGAGCGAUCUUGGGCGCAACCUGCUCCAGAUCACCCUUCUGCUACCAUACAAGAAGAGGAGGAGGAAGAAGAAGGCUACAAGGGCAUUGUGGAACACACUGAAGUUGUCACGGAGAGCUCCCGUGAUGAUCAUGAUCAGGCCUGUCAUGUCGUAGCCGACCACACCUUCCCACACCCCAACCAGAGCUUUGAAGAGGCGGGCAUGAGUGAGGAGAUGCAAGAAGAUCUCGUGAAAGAAAUUGCUUGGCAACUUGCUCUCCAAUCCGUGCUAGAAGAAGAAGAGCAAGAAAGGGUGCAGAAAGAAGUUGUGGAGGAUGACGAAAGUGAAGCUGGAGGAGUUCUUGAUCAUUUCCCAGGGGUGAUACCACAUGAAGAAGGAAGGGAGGUUGAAGAAGCAAUUGGCGUCCAGGCUGAGGACGAAGUUGAGGUGGAACAGGCUUGCACCGGCCAUGAGUUACAGGUGAUAUCUCCACCAAACUUCGAGGAACUGCUUAGCAAGGACCCAUUUGCAGUGUCUCUUUGCCAGACCAAGGCCACCUCGACAUCGGUCCCUCUUGGUGGACGCGAUGGUGGCCAAUCGAUGUUGUCAUAUCUGGUUUGGGGCAAUGAGACGAGAGAAGAGAAGAAGAGGUCUCGAGGGUGGAGACUUCAUCUGCAUCAAGUACAUGAGCCUUCAUCACCUGCCACACCACAUGCUCAUGACUUGCGACUCCACCUCAUCGACGAGAACCUCAACUUCAAGGAGGUUCUAGCAUGGACCGAAACUUAGGAGCCAUCGUCCGGCUCACGACGUGAAAGAAGCGCUUGUUGGGAGGCAACCCAACCAGUCGGUUUGCAUUUUUUUUCUCUAUUUCUCUUCGGUUGAGUCAGUUUUGUUCUUUGAUUUCAGAAUCAAUAACUCAACCUUUGUGAGAUUUUGUGUGGUGUUUGUGUUCUGAUUACUCUCUCUUCCUGGAAUGCACUGCCUGACCCGUACAUCAUCAUUCACCCUUGAUCUGGUAACUUCGUUCUACCCUCCUUAUCUUUCCUCCAUUGAGGACAAUGUCGUGCUUAAGUGUGGGGGGGUGUUCGAUUAUGUAUGCGGGUGAAUGUUUGGCUGUUUGUGUGCUUGGAGCCUAGUCCACUGUCCAAAUUUUUAAAUUUGAGGGCUCCAAGUACGUGUUCCAUGCAAUUGCCUGCUCAGUAUGCUUUGAAUUGACAGUCUUUACAGUAAUAUGCAACCUAGGGAGGUAGUGUAGCACUAUGGAGGAUGUUGAUGCAUUUAAGAAGUCUCAUUUCUUCUUCAUAUAAAGUUGGUUGAUUGAG